UGCGCUGAUAGUCCAUCACGUCCUGCGCGUUACUUGCCUUGUUUCCUCUUUACAUCCAGCGGGUCUUCAAUAGGCUUCUUUCUCCUCCUCGCAGUUAAUUCAUGGAUUUAUUCAAAAAAUAAAGGCCACAUCAAAAUUUGGAUAUCUGUUACAAGUUUGGUAAGUUUUUGGAAAUCCUUCAUUCAACGCCACUAUGUCCAGGAGGAAGGUGAGGGGGCUCACUAAAACCGGGAGACAGGUGAGCGAGGACCCGGACCUCGACAAUUUACUGUCAAACCUGUCGCCUGAAGAGAUGGAGGAGCUGCAGAAAGAAGUGUCGGUCGUUCCGGAUCCAGACCCGAGUGAAUUAAUAAUCGUGGACCAAACAGAUGGAAAAGAAACCUCGCCAGUUAAAAAGGAUUCGCAGUUGGGUAGCAUGUCUGAUGAUUUUAGAGGCAGCUUUCAGAGGACCCCAUCCACAGAGGGGGAGCCGAAGAGGGAAAGCCGUAAACAAGAGUAUCUCCGUAAAAUGGGCCUCAGCCAGGAAAAUAAUUUCUCUAGGUCUGAUAGCAGAGAUGGAGAACUUCAACGACAAUCCAGCAUCACCAGCCAUUCCUCCGUUCCUAAAUGUGAUGUUAAAAUGGAGGACAGGAAUAGCAGAGUGGUAGAGGGGAACAAAGAUGAUAAAUUUGUCUCUCUUUCCAAGAAGGAUGAGGAAAGUGAGAGAAAAGGAGACAUCAAGGAGAAAGAACAAAACAAUGGCUCUAAACUUAAGGACAGGAGAGAGAAGAGAGAAAGUAGCAGUAGCAAAACUAAAGAAUUAAUAUCCAAGCUGCAAGAGAAAAAGGAGGAGAGUAAAGAGAAAAACAGAAAAGAAGACGUCCGGAAAAGGGAAUCUACAGACAGCCGAGCAAAGGAAAUGAUCUCUAGGUUACAGGAUAAAGAAAUGAAGGAAAAGGAGAGAUGGGAAGAGAUGAAGAAAAGAGAGGAGGUGAAAACAAAAGGACCUACUACCAAGUUAGAAGAAAAGCAGAGUCAGGUUGUUGAAGACGAGAUGAAAGAGGAGACUAAGGAAAAAGAUGAAAAGCAAGAAAUAAAGUCCAAUGGAAAAGAGAAAGUGGUCCCUGUGUUGGAAGAUAAGAGACCUGCUGAGACUAAAGAGCCUGAAAAAGGUCAAGAAAACAUGAAGACGCUGCAAACACACAAUGAAAACUCAAGGGAUAUGGGAAGAGGAAAUGUUCAGGAACAAAAUCAAAUUGCAAAUGAAGUUCAUGAAUCCACAAAAGAGAAGAUUGAUAACUCCAUAUCAGACACGAUUUCAAAAAGCAAGACUAAAGUAGAAGAGGAGGAAGAUGAGUCAGCAAGUAUGUUUGAUGAAGAUUUGGAGAAAGUUCGCCGUGACGACCUGGGGAUGACUGAACUCAAUGUAAACAAUUCCGAGGUCAUAAAAACCAAAACACUUAUUCAGUUUGCGGAGGCCUUGAAAAACAACACCCACAUAAAAGCAUUUUCUUUAGCUAACUGCCGUGCCGAUGACCACGUGGCUUAUGCUAUCGCGGACACAUUACGCAAUAACAAAUGCAUCACUAGCAUCAAUCUGGACUCCAAUCUACUAACAAGCAAAGGCAUCAUGGCGCUGAUCCACGCCCUCCAGCACAACUCCGUUCUUACUGAACUACGCUUCCACAACCAACGACACAUAAUUGGAGGAAAGUCAGAGAUGGAGAUGACCAAAAUCUUGAAAGAGAAUACAACUCUUCUAAAACUGGGCUAUCACUUUGAAUUGGCUGGUCCUCGUAUGACAAUGACAAAUAUUCUCAGUCGCAAUAUGGACCGUCAGAGGCAAAAAAGGCUUCAGGAACAAAAACAAGCCCAAGCACAAGGAGCAGGAGAUAAGAAGGACUCAUUAGAGGUUCCAAAAACUGGCUUUAGUAAAGGUUCCCCAAAAGCAUCUCCAAAAGCAUCUCCUCUACCAUCUCCCAUACCAUCACCUGCUCCAUCACCUAAGCUGAGGCAUAAAAAAGGAGGUAGCGGACCUGGGGGUGGACCACCUCCUCCUCCACCACCUGGAGGCCCACCACCACCUCCGCCUCCAAUGCUGGAUGGAGACUUUUUGAAGAACUCCCUCACACCGGUUUCAAAGAGGAAGCUGGAGGAUAAGACGGGUGGAAGAGGUGGAACUCAAAACUCAAGGGACCAACUUCUAUCUUCCAUUAGGGGCAGUAAUAUCAAACUGCUCAAAAAGGUUACAGUACCAAAGCUUUUGCAAUAAGUGGUCAGAUGAAAAUGAGUAAAAACGUCAGGAAUGAAAGAACAGACAUCUCACAGACCUUGAGAAGAUCAACGCUCAGAAUCUUCCCUAAAAAGUCUUAUUCUGCCCUAUGGUAUGGAAGAUAGGCGAGGACUCAUAUAAUGUAAUAUUCCAUUGGAUGCACAGCUUCUGCCCAGGAGUCUCUGUAUAAAAUACACUGGACUAUAGAAAUGAUUAAAGCACGGUGUAGUCACAGGUGCUCAGAGGCUGAAAUGGUCUAGGGAACUGCAGAGUUGAUGCCUUGCUUGUCAUUUGCACUAAAUGAAUCAAUGAUAGAUGAAUGUGUGUGUGUGUGUGUGUGUGUGUGUGUGUGUGUGUGUGUGUGUGUGUGUGUGUGUGUGUGUGUGUGGUACAGCAUGUGUGGAUGAUGAAAGAUGCUUGUGUGGUUUGUUUCUGCCAUAGAAUUGGAUUUUACACCUAACUGUAUUAAUGAAUGAAAGAAAAAAUUAUCUGCACUUCAGUGCGUUUCUCACUGAUCCCAGCAUAAAACUAGAAUCCCAAAACAUAUGAAAUUACUAUUUCUUUGAAAAUACAAAGUAUACAAAUUAUAGUUAAAACCGGGGUGCCGAGUCAAAUGUUUAUAAUAAAGCACUUAGGGGAAAGGGAGAGAUGAUGCAUGGAUGGACACUCUUCUAUGUGGAUGCAACUGCAUAAACAUUUUUAACAAAUAUUUAUUUUGAGUUUUCCUUUGAAGCCAUGUCUUGCAGAAAAAUGUUAAUCACUGUCAAGCAUAAUUUUUAACCAUCUGUUUGUAAUUUUACAGGUGAAUUUCUGCACAUUUGUUUAUUGUACCUCACAUGCUUCAAGACAAUUCAAUGUUUUUUUAUGCUUACAAAAUGUAUGUACAAAAAUGAUCUCAGUCUUCUGAAGAGCAGAGCUGUGGAAGAUUUUAACAGAACGUUCUACCCUAAGUAUCAAGCACGAUAUGUGUGAGUUACACUCAUCUUACAUCAGGUUUCAGCUGGAAAAGUGAAAAUUAUAAAAUAUUUCCUUUUGUGUGUUCUAAUAAAUUUGUCUGAUAAAGUUA